GCUUUUCUUCAAACCUCCUCACUUUUGCUACACAAUAUAUGCACCCUUCACCUCAAUUUGCUUCAUCAUCAACUAAUAUUCCUCAAUCUACUAUCUUGUUCUUCUGUUACUACUUUUUAAGAUUAUGGCUCAACCUCAAGCUGCAUAUCCUCCUCAGUGGUGCCCACCAGUAAGAGACUGGUCACCACCCCGUGCGUAUGUCGCACCACCUCCUCCCGGAAAUCCAGGUUCUGAGUAUGCUCAAGCUUCCAGAGCUACCGCUGACAGAGGUUUUACAAGGGAAAAAAGAAGACGAAAAGAAAAAGAUGGAUUCUGGGCAGGAUGUUGUGCUGCUAUUUGCUGUUGUUCUGUGUUGGAUGCUUGCGACGUUUGUUGUUGUCAUAUGGGGUAGUUUUCCUUAGAAGUUAAAUAUGUAACUUCUCUUCUCCGUGUAUAUGGUUUGCGAUUAAUGAAUGAAAGAG